AUGUCCGGAGUCCCUGGGAAUUCCGAUUGUGAUGACUGUUUAUUAUCUCCUGCCCAGAUGGCCAACACCACCGAGCUGCACUCCACCAUGGAUGCUGACGACGAACUUCUGAGAUACAUCUGGAGAGAGUACUUACACCCCAAACAGUAUGAGUGGGUUCUAAUUGUGGCUUACAUCAUUGUGUUCUUCGUCUCACUCAUCGGAAACUCGCUUGUUUGUUUUGCAGUGUGGAAAAAUCGUCAUAUGCGCACCGUGACCAAUUACUUCAUUGUGAAUCUUUCACUUGCCGACGUUCUGGUCACCAUCAUCUGCCUACCUGCGAGUCUGGUGGUCGACAUCACAGAGACGUGGUUCUUUGGGAAAACACUCUGCAAAAUUGUCCCAUACCUUCAGACUAUCUCUGUUUCCGUGUCGGUCUUGACACUGAGUUGCAUCGCCCAAGACCGUUGGUAUGCCAUUUGUCACCCGCUUAUGUUCAAGAGCACGGCCAAGAGGGCUCGUAAGAGCAUCAUUGCCAUCUGGGUUGUGUCAUGCAUCAUCAUGAUUCCCCAAGCCAUCGUGAUGGAGUGCAGCAGCCUGCUGCCUGAGCUCACCAACAAGACCAGCCUGUUCACGGUGUGCGAUGAACACUGGGGAGAUGAGAUCUACCCAAAGAUUUAUCACACAUGCUUCUUCAUUGUCACAUACUUUGCGCCAUUAUGUCUCAUGGUCCUGGCGUACAUUCAGAUAUGCCACAAACUGUGGUGUCAACAGAUUCCUGGUAGUACAUCUGUGAUUCAGAAGAAUUGGAGGUCCUUCCAGUGCUCAGCACCAAGUACAGGACUGGGGGAGGCUGUCAGGGUGCGGACCAGCACUGUGUGCGCUGAGAUCAAACAAGUCAGAGCGAGACGCAAAACAGCUCGCAUGCUGAUGGUGGUGCUCUUUGUGUUUGCUUUGUGCUACUUACCAAUCAGCGUGCUCAAUGUUAUGAAAAGAGUCUUCGGCGCUUUCAAGAACACAAACGACCGAGAGACGGUGUAUGCUUGGUUCACCUUCUCACACUGGCUCAUAUAUGCGAACAGUGCUGCAAAUCCUAUCAUCUAUAAUUUCCUCAGCGGAAAAUUCCGCGAAGAGUUCAAAUCGGCCUUCUCUUGCAGCUGUUGUGGCCAACGGCAGAGUCAGUCUCUCCGGAUGAGGACCAGAGCGAGUGUGGACAGCCGGAAGUCCCUGUCAACUCAAGUUAACAUUGUGGACAACGUAUCGCACAUAUCUGAUCAGAUGGUAUAG